AUGGCCCCUGCAGUGGUGGAGCGGCUGGUCGGGUGGGCGACCGGCGUCGUGGGGCGGCUGGCGGAGUGGUUCGUCGGCCACCUCGGCCGCGCCGUCCGCUGGGUCGGCCGCCAGGCGCGCACCUUCGUGGAGCCGCUACUCGAGCCCCUCCGCCUCCUCUACGCCUUCAUCGCCGCCCGCAUCGGCACCUGGAUACUGGCGCUGGUGCUGAUGGUGGUCUACUGCGCGGUGGCGGCGGCCGUGGCGGUGGUCCUCUAUCUCUUCCUCUACCACAACUUCGUGCCCAUCAUCGCCUUCCACAAGCCCGUCUACUUUGACUUUACGCGCGCUGAGCCGUGGGCGGUGGCGGACUUUGCGGACAAGUGGUCGCCGUCGGGGCGGCCGCAGGGCGUCGACCACCUUCGGGCCGGCGGCAGCGGCGGCGGGCCGACCGUGGUGGCCACGCCGGUCCUGUCGCCCGGCCACCUCUACGACUUUGCGCUCGACCUCCAACUCCCCGAAUCACCCAUCAACGACCGAAUCGGAAUGUUCAUGGUGACGCUGUCCCUGUACUCGUGGAACGGCGAUCUGUUGGCCAACUCGUCACGGCCCACGGAUCUGCUGCAGAAGAUGUGGACCGUCUUUUGGUCGGUGCCGCUCGUGCUGGGCCUCAUGGAGGAGAAGCAGGCCUUCCGCCUCGAACUCCUCUCCAACUACAUCGACACCCACGCGGCCCCGUUCGGGUACGCCACGGUGGCGCUGUCGCAUCGCGAGCUGGAGGUCUACUCGGCCGAGCUCCACAUCGAGGCCCGUCUCUCCGGCAUCAGCUAUUUCUGCUACUACUGGUUCUUCACGGCGAUGGCGGUGUUCGUGCCGCUCAUCUUCCUGGCCGAGACGUGGCUCAUCAUCCUCACCUGGCUCGUCAUCUACUUCCUCCUCCCCGCCGUCGCCCCCUCGACCGUCCCCCUCCCCGCCCCCUCCGCUCCCCUCCCCGCCCCGCGCGCCGCCCCCGUCUCGCCGGCCGAGCGACGGCGACGGAUUGCCGGCAUCGGGCGGGCCAACGAGGCGGCCGCCGCCACGGUGGCUGCGGCUGCGGCGCCGCUGGCAGUGCUCGAGGAGCUGGGCCACGAGGCCCGCUCGCCCGCCCUCCCGCGCCAGGGCGACGGCGACGACGACCGGCGACGCGCGCAGGAGGACGACGACGAUGAUGUGGCGCUGCAGGAGCUGCUCGAGAGGGAGAUCGCGCGGAAGCUGAAGGCGGUCGAAGAGGAGGAGGAGGAGGAAGAUGAUGGUGAUGAUGAUGAAGAGGAGGAAGAAGACGAGGACACGGGGGCGGGCGUGUUCCCGCGCCUCCGGCGGCGGCGGCCACGACGGGCUGCGGUGGCCGCCGCGCAGCUGGAGGGUGCCACCCUCACCCCGCCGACCAGCGACGCCGAAGGCGACAGCGACGCAGGCGACGACGACGAGCGAACAUCAGCCGCCGCCGCCGCGACAACACCGACGACGCUCGCGCAAGCGGCCGAGGCCGACACGGAAGACAAGACGAAGCUCGACUGA